CGCCUUUUUUUUUUUUUUUUUUUAAAUUUAAUUUUUGGUCGGUGGCGGCGGUGCUGGGCCAGGGGAAGGAAGGGACACGGAGGCUGCUCUCGCCCGGCCACCCUCCACCCGCUUCCCCCCUGCCCCGGCUCCGGGAGAUGUGCCGGGCGGGGGGCCCGGGUCCGCGGAGCCGCAGCAGGGACGCGCAGGGCCGACCCCGGGGCAGCGCUGGACAGGCUGGUGGGCCAGGCCGUGGUGCCCGCCCGGUGUUGCGGGGCGAGGGCCCCCCCACAGGCCGCUGAGAGUCCUGGACGCACCCCUGGCCGCCGCCAUGGCCCGCCUGGCCGCAGUGCUCUGGAGUCUGUGCGUCACCGCCGUGCUGGUCACCUCGGCCACCCAAGGCCUGAGCCGGGCGGGGCUUCCGUUCGGGCUGAUGCGCCGGGAGCUGGCGUGCGAAGGCUACCCCAUCGAGCUGCGGUGCCCGGGCAGCGACGUCAUCAUGGUGGAGAACGCCAACUACGGCCGCACGGACGACAAGAUCUGCGACGCCGACCCCUUCCAGAUGGAGAACGUGCAGUGCUACCUGCCCGACGCCUUCAAGAUCAUGUCGCAGAGGUGUAACAAUCGCACCCAGUGCGUGGUGGUUGCCGGCUCCGACGCCUUCCCCGACCCCUGCCCUGGGACCUACAAGUACCUGGAGGUGCAGUACGACUGUGUCCCCUACAUAGAAGUGGAGCAGAAAGUCUUCGUGUGCCCGGGGACCCUGCAGAAGGUGCUGGAGCCCACGUCCACGCACGAGUCGGAGCACCAGUCGGGCGCGUGGUGCAAGGACCCGCUGCAGGCGGGCGACCGCAUCUACGUGAUGCCCUGGAUCCCCUACCGCACGGACACGCUGACCGAGUACGCGUCGUGGGAGGACUACGUGGCGGCGCGCCACACCACCACCUACCGCCUGCCCAACCGCGUGGACGGCACGGGCUUCGUGGUCUACGACGGCGCCGUCUUCUACAACAAGGAGCGCACGCGCAACAUCGUCAAGUACGACCUGCGCACGCGCAUCAAGAGCGGGGAGACGGUCAUCAACACCGCCAACUACCACGACACGUCGCCCUACCGCUGGGGCGGCAAGACCGACAUCGACCUGGCGGUGGACGAGAACGGGCUGUGGGUCAUCUACGCCACCGAGGGCAACAACGGGCGGCUGGUGGUGAGCCAGCUCAACCCCUACACGCUGCGCUUCGAGGGCACGUGGGAGACCGGCUACGACAAGCGCUCGGCCUCCAACGCCUUCAUGGUGUGCGGGGUGCUGUACGUGCUGCGCUCCGUCUACGUGGACGACGACAGCGAGGCGGCCGGCAACCGCGUGGACUACGCCUUCAACACCAACUCCAACCGCGAGGAGCCCGUGGGCCUCGCCUUCCCCAACCCCUACCAGUUCAUCUCCUCCGUGGACUACAACCCUCGGGACAACCAGCUCUACGUCUGGAACAACUACUUCGUGGUGCGCUACAGCCUGGAGUUCGGGCCGCCCGACCCCAGCGCCGGCCCGGCCACCUCCCCGCCCCUGAGCACGACCACCACAGCCCGGCCCACGCCCCUCACCAGCACAGCCUCGCCCGCCGCCACCACCCCGCUCCGCCGGGCACCCCUCACCACGCACCCGGUGGGUGCCAUCAACCAGCUGGGACCUGACCUGCCUCCAGCCACAGCCCCAGCACCCAGCACCCGGCGGCCUCCGGCCCCCAAUCUGCACGUGUCCCCCGAGCUCUUCUGCGAGCCCCGAGAGGUACGGCGGGUCCAGUGGCCGGCCACCCAGCAGGGCAUGCUGGUGGAGAGGCCCUGCCCCAAGGGUACUCGAGGAAUUGCCUCCUUCCAGUGUCUACCAGCCCUGGGGCUCUGGAACCCCCGGGGCCCCGACCUCAGCAACUGCACCUCCCCCUGGGUCAACCAGGUGGCCCAGAAGAUCAAGAGCGGGGAGAACGCGGCCAACAUCGCCAGCGAGCUGGCCCGCCACACCCGCGGCUCCAUCUACGCGGGGGACGUGUCCUCCUCCGUGAAGCUGCUGGAGCAGCUGCUGGACAUCCUGGACGCCCAGCUGCAGGCCCUGCGGCCCAUCGAGCGCGAGUCGGCCGGCAAGAACUACAACAAGAUGCACAAACGGGAGAGGACCUGCAAAGACUAUAUCAAGGCCGUGGUGGAGACCGUGGACAAUUUGCUCCGGCCAGAGGCUCUCGAGUCCUGGAAGGACAUGAAUGCCACCGAGCAGGUGCACACGGCCACCAUGCUCCUGGACGUCCUGGAGGAGGGCGCCUUCCUGCUGGCCGACAACGUCAGGGAGCCCGCCCGCUUCCUGGCCGCCAAGGAGAACGUGGUGCUGGAGGUCACGGUCCUGAACACGGAGGGCCAGGUGCAGGAGCUGGUGUUCCCCCAGGAGGAGUACCCGAGGAAGAACUCCAUCCAGCUGUCCGCCAAGACCAUCAAGCAGAACAGCCGCAACGGGGUGGUCAAAGUCGUCUUCAUCCUCUACAACAACCUGGGCCUCUUCCUGUCCACGGAGAACGCCACGGUGAAGCUGGCGGGCGAGGCCGGCGCGGGCGGCCAGGGGGGCGCCUCCCUGGUGGUGAACUCACAGGUCAUCGCGGCGUCCAUCAACAAGGAGUCCAGUCGCGUGUUCCUCAUGGACCCCGUCAUCUUCACCGUGGCCCACCUGGAGGACAAGAACCACUUCAAUGCCAACUGCUCCUUCUGGAACUACUCGGAGCGCUCCAUGCUGGGCUACUGGUCGACCCAGGGCUGCCGCCUGGUGGAGUCCAACAAGACCCACACCACGUGCGCCUGCAGCCACCUCACCAACUUCGCCGUGCUCAUGGCUCACCGCGAGAUCUACCAGGGCCGCAUCAACGAGCUGCUGCUGUCCGUCAUCACCUGGGUGGGCAUCGUGAUCUCGCUGGUGUGCCUGGCCAUCUGCAUCUCCACCUUCUGCUUCCUGCGGGGGCUACAGACCGACCGCAACACCAUCCACAAGAACCUGUGCAUCAACCUCUUCCUGGCCGAGCUGCUCUUCCUGGUCGGCAUCGACAAGACUCAGUAUGAGAUCGCCUGCCCCAUCUUCGCGGGCUUGCUGCACUACUUCUUCCUGGCCGCCUUCUCCUGGCUCUGCCUGGAGGGCGUGCACCUCUACCUGCUGCUGGUGGAGGUGUUCGAGAGCGAGUACUCCCGCACCAAGUACUACUACCUGGGCGGCUACUGCUUCCCCGCCCUGGUCGUGGGCAUCGCGGCCGCCAUCGACUACCGCAGCUACGGCACCGAGAAGGCCUGUUGGCUCCGUGUGGAUAAUUACUUCAUCUGGAGCUUCAUCGGGCCCGUCUCCUUUGUUAUUGUGGUGAACCUGGUGUUCCUCAUGGUGACCCUGCACAAGAUGAUCCGAAGCUCGUCCGUGCUCAAGCCCGACUCCAGCCGCCUGGACAACAUCAAAUCCUGGGCCCUGGGGGCCAUCGCGCUGCUCUUCCUGCUGGGCCUCACCUGGGCCUUCGGGCUCCUCUUCAUCAACAAGGAGUCCGUGGUCAUGGCCUAUCUCUUCACCACCUUCAACGCCUUCCAGGGGGUCUUCAUCUUCGUCUUUCACUGCGCCUUACAGAAGAAGGUGCACAAGGAGUACAGCAAGUGCCUGCGCCACUCGUACUGCUGCAUCCGCUCCCCGCCCGGGGGCGCCCACGGCUCCCUCAAGACCUCGGCCAUGAGGAGCAACACCCGCUACUACACGGGGACCCAGAGCCGGAUCCGGAGGAUGUGGAACGACACGGUGCGGAAACAGACGGAGUCCUCCUUCAUGGCCGGUGACAUCAACAGCACCCCCACCCUGAACCGAGGUACCAUGGGGAACCACCUGCUGACCAACCCCGUGCUGCAGCCCCGCGGGGGCACCAGCCCCUACAACACCCUCAUCGCAGAGUCGGUGGGCUUCAACCCCUCCUCGCCCCCCGUCUUCAACUCCCCAGGGAGCUACCGGGAACCCAAGCACCCGCUGGGCGGCCGGGAGGCCUGCGGCAUGGACACCCUGCCCCUCAACGGCAACUUCAACAACAGCUACUCCCUGCGAAGUGGCGACUUCCCCCCGGGGGACGGGGGCCCCGAGCCGCCCCGAGGCCGGAACCUGGCGGACGCUGCCGCCUUUGAGAAGAUGAUCAUCUCGGAGCUGGUGCACAACAACCUGCGGGGGAGCAGCAGCGGGGCCAAGGGCCCCCCGCCGCCGCCGGAGCCGCCCGUGCCGCCCGUGCCAGGGGGCGGCGGGGAGGAGGAGGCGGGCGGGCCCGGGGGCGCUGACCGGGCGGAGAUCGAACUUCUCUACAAGGCCCUGGAGGAGCCCCUGCUGCUGCCCCGGGCCCAGUCGGUGCUGUACCAGAGCGAUCUGGACGAGUCCGAGAGCUGCACGGCGGAGGACGGCGCCGCCAGCCGGCCCCUGUCCUCCCCUCCCGGCCGGGACUCCCUCUAUGCCAGCGGGGCCAACCUGCGGGACUCGCCCUCCUACCCGGACAGCAGCCCCGAGGGGCCCAGCGAGGCCCUGCCCCCUCCCCCGCCUGCGCCCCCCGGCCCCCCUGAGAUCUACUACACCUCGCGCCCACCAGCCCUGGUGGCCCGGAACCCCCUGCAGGGCUACUACCAGGUGCGGCGGCCUAGCCACGAGGGCUACCUGGCAGCCCCGGGCCUCGAGGGGCCAGGGCCCGACGGGGACGGGCAGAUGCAGCUGGUCACCAGCCUCUGAGGGGACCUCGCGGACCAGGGGCCGGUGGCCCAGGCCAGGGAGGGAACCCUGGGCGGGGCUGCGGUGCGAGAGGGAGACUGAUGGGGGCAGUGGCUGGUGGGCCGCUCUCUCCAGGUGCCCCUCGGCCACCACGGGCCCCGCAGUCCCCGCGGGGGGCUCUGACCUGGGGGCCGAGGUGCCAGGUUCACACACAGGGUUUCCCACCAGCCACACGCACCAGCUCUACUUGGGGGAGGGCCGUGAGGAGGAGCCCGGCGGCCCCCAGGGGAGUGAGGAGGGAGAAACUGAAGGGUGUGGCACUUCUUGACUCCCCCGCCCGCCCGCACCCCCAAAGGGAAGUGAGGGCGUGCGAUUCCCUGGGCGGGGAGGGGCCGCUUCUGAGAUUGCCAAAGCCCCCCCCUCCACACGCUGGACUGAACCUGUCGGCUGCUCCCGUCCCCGCAGCCAGGAAUGCUGCCAGCUGCACGGCAGGGGGCAGUGCGACAGGACAGCCGGACGGACAGACAGACAGGUUCCUCCUGCGCUGAGCUCCCUGCUCCCUGGAGACUGGGGAGAAAGCCCCAGGAUGCAGGGAUGGGCAGCCACCGCUGGUGGUUGAAAGGUGGAACUUUCUCUGAAGCUCCUUCCCCCUUGCUCUUGGUCCCUGCCCCCCAAGCAAGCCCACCCCUCCGCCCUCCAAGAGUGCACCCAAUGACCCCUCCCUCGGGCGACUCCUGAUGAAGCACAACUCCCCGGGGCCCCGGCCCGCAGGGGCGGCCGUGCCUGGGCAGCCCCGUCCUGUGGGCCUGGCGAUCUGGGGAGCAGAUUUUGGGUCUGGUUCUCCCUGGGGAGUGGGUCCUGGGCUUGGAUCUUUCCCUAGGGGGCCCUCUCACCCCUUCCUCUCUCCUCCUCCUCCUCCUCUCCCAUUGCUGUAAAUAUUUCAACGAAAUGGAAAAGAAAAAAAAAA